CAACUGAUAUUGAAUUUUUGGGUCAUUUCAGCCAGCUGGUUGGUUCAGAGCUCCUCCCACUGCAGCUGUUCACACCUGAUGUCUUUACAGGUGAUACUCACGUUGAUCCAGGAAACAGCUCAGCGGUGACGAACACAAACCCUUUUCUGUCAGACGUCCACAGAAUGGAUCAGUGUGAGGACAGAGAAGAGGGAGCGCCUCUAUGGAAGACCACCCACACCCAGCCCACAGGACCCGGACCUGGACCCGGACCCAGCUGUGUGUCCAUGAAGAGUGAUGACUCCAUGGAUCGAGGCAUACAGUUUAAAACAGGACAUGUUUCAGAACCUCAAGUGGAGCAGCAGAGCUCAGAGGUUCCCAGUGAUCCACAACAUCAGACUCAGAUGGACUCCACAUUUAAGGAAACACAGAUGACGGCACUUAAAGAACAUCUGUUUGAUACUCUGAAGGAUUUGGUCGAUGAUGACUUUAAAGAGUUCAAGUGGUUCUUGAACAAUGAAAAACCAACCAUUCCAAUAAGUCGACUGGAGAACGCAGACCGGAUGGACACGGUGGAUCUGAUGGUCCAGACCUACUACACAGAUACUCCAAGAGUCACUGUAACGAUUCUGGAGAAGAUGAAGAAGACUGAUCUGGUGAAGAAACUUUCAAAAAACAUCCCAGUAUCUGAAGAGAGCAUUAACCAGGGUCGGCGAGAACUGAAGGUUAACCUGCAGCAGAAGUUUGAGUGUGUGUUUGAGGGCAUCGCUAAAGCAGGAAACCCAACCCUCCUGAACCAGAUCUACACAGAGCUCUACAUCACAGAGGGAGGGGCUACAGAGGUCAACCAGGAACAUGAGGUCAGACAGAUUGAAACAGCAUCCAGGAACCCACACAGACCACCACCAACCAUCACAUGUGCAGAUAUCUUUAAAAGACCACCUGACAGACAUGAACCAAUCAGAACAGUGCUGACAAAGGGUGUGGCCGGCAUCGGGAAAACAGUCUUAACACAGAAGUUCAGUCUGGACUGGGCUGAAGACAAAGCCAACCAGGACAUCCACUUCAUAUUUCCAUUCACCUUCAGAGAGCUGAAUGUGCUGAAAGAGGAGAAGGUCAGUUUGGUGGAACUCAUUCAUUACUUCUUUGAUGAAAUAAAAGAAGCAGGAAUCUGGAGGUUUGAAAAACUCCAGGUGGUGUUCAUCUUAGAUGGUCUGGAUGAGUGUCGACCUCCUCUGGACUUCAACAACACUCAGAUCCUGACUGAUGUUACAAAGUCCACCUCAGUGGAUGUGCUGCUGAUGAACCUCAUCAGGGGGAACCUGCUUCGCUCUGCUCGCCUCUGGAUAACCACACGACCUGCAGCAGCCAAUCAGAUCCCUGCUCAGUGUGUUCAUAGGGUGACAGAGGUCAGAGGGUUCACUGACCCCCAGAAGGAGGAGUACUUCAGGAAGAGGUUCACAGAUGAAGAACAGAGCAACACAAUCAUCUCCCACAUCAAGACGUCACGAAGCGUCCACAUCAUGUGUUACAUCCCAGUCUUCUGUUGGAUCACUGCUAAUGUUCUGGAGGACAUGUUGAAGACCACAGAGGGAGGAGAACUGCCCAAGACCCUGACUGAGAUGUACAUCCACUUCCUGGAGGUUCAGGCCAAACAGAAGAACAUCAAGUAUGAUGGAAGAUCUGGGACAGAUCCAGCCUGGAGUCCAGAGACCAGGAAGAUGAUCAAGUCUCUGGGAAAACUGGCCUUUAAGCAGCUGAAGAAAGGAAAGCUGAUCUUCUAUGAAAAAGACCUGACAGAGUGUGGCAUCGAUAUCAGAUCAGCCUCAGUGUACUCAGGAGUGUUCACACAGGUCUUUAAAGAGGAGAGAGGAGCACGCCAGGUCAAGAUGUUCUGCUUCAUCCAUCUGAGUGUCCUGGAGUUUCUGGCUGCUCUUCAUGUCCAUCAGACCUUCAUCAACACAGGAGUCAAUCUGCUGUCAGAAGAACAAAGUUUUUGGUCUAAACUAUUUAAGAACAAAUAUGUGAUGUUCUACCAGACCGCUGUGGACCAGGCCUUACAGAGUCCAAAUGGACACCUGGACCUGUUCCUGCGCUUCCUCCUGGGUCUAUCACUGCCGACCAAUCAGAGCCUCCUACAAGAUCUGAUGGAACAGACAGGAAGUAGCUCAGAGACAAAGAAGAAGACAGUUGAGUACAUCAAGGACAAGAUCAAUGAGAAUCUGUCUGUAGAGAAAAGCAUCAACCUGUUCCACUGUCUGAAUGAACUGGAGGAUCGAUCUCUGGUGGAUCAGAUCCAACUGUACCUGACAGAUGGACGUCUCUCCAGGUCUGAUCUGUCUCCUGCUCAGUGGUCAGCUCUGGUCUUCAUGUUACUGUCAUCAGAUAAAGAUCUGGAUGAGUUUGACCUGAACAAAUACUCUGGUUCAGAGGAGGCUCUUCUGAAUUUGCUGCCAGUCGUCAAAGCCUCCAACAAAGCUGUACUGAGUUACUGUAACCUGUCAGAGAGAAGCUGUGAAGGUCUGUCCUCAGUUCUCAGAUCCCAGUGCUCUACUCUGAUACAUCUGGACCUCAGCACUAAUGACCUGAAGGAUUCAGGACUGAAGAUCCUGUCAGAUGGACUAAGGAGUCCAGACUGUAAACUGGAGACUCUCAGGUUGAGUAUCUGUAACCUGUCAGAGAGAAGCUGUGAAGGUCUGUCCUCAGUUCUCAGAUCCCAGUCCUCUAGUCUGACUCUUCUGGAUCUCAGCAACAAUGACCUGAAGGAUUCAGGACUGAAGAUCCUGUCAGAUGGACUAAGGAGUCCAGACUGUAAACUGGAGACUCUCAGACUGUCAGGAUGUCUGAUCACAGAGGAAGGAUGUUCUUCUCUGGUCUUUCCAGACCACGGUCACAGACCCAGACCUUCAAUAAGGGACUGA